UUUCCGGAUUUAUCCCUCUAUUUUCACAGCCUCUCCAUAACCAGCAAAUCAAGGGUCAAUUAGUUUGGUGAUGGCGUAAUGGGCUUCUUAAGACUCAAGUUAUUGAAGCAUAGCUCACUUUUGUUACCUAAACAGCUACUUGUUCCAUCUCCGUCUCAUUCACAUUUUCAUCUAAGAUCAUCAGUUCCUCUUCACAGUUUCACUAACCGGAGAAAACUAGUUGUGAGAGCGCUUGCUACAACAGCAACGCCAGAAAUGGUCAAAGCUAUUAGGGUUCAUGAGCUCGGUGGACCUGAGGUUUUGAAAUGGGAGGAUGUGGAAAUAGGAGAGCCUGGCCAGGGUGAAAUACGUGUAAAAAACAAAGCUAUUGGGCUUAACUUCAUUGAUGUUUACUUCAGGAAAGGGGUUUAUAAGGCUUCCUCAAUGCCCUUUACUCCAGGUAUGGAGGCUGUUGGGGUGGUGAUAGCUGUGGGUCCUGGAGUCACAGGUAUGAACGUGGGAGAUAUUGUCGCCUACGCGGGCCAACCUAUGGGCUCAUAUGCUGAGGAGCAGAUCCUUCCUGCAAACAAGGUUGUACCUGUUCCUUCUUCAGUCGGUCCUGUUAUUGCAGCAUCUGUUAUGCUUAAGGGCAUGACUGCUCAGUUCCUACUUCGUCGUUGCUUCAAGGUUAAGCGUGGGCAUACCAUCCUUGUCCACGCGGCAGCUGGUGGAGUAGGGUCUCUGUUAUGCCAGUGGGCAAAUGCUCUUGGUGCCACUGUCAUUGGAACAGUCUCAUCCAAGGAGAAGGCCACACAAGCGAAGGAUGACGGAUGUCACCAUGUGAUAAACUACAAAGAAGAAGAUUUUGUUGCCUCUGUCAAUGAGAUCACAUCAGGCAGCGGGGUUGAUGUGGUGUACGAUUCUGUGGGAAGGGACACGUUUCAGGGAUCAUUGGCAUGCUUGAAGACUCGUGGGUAUAUGGUGAGCUUUGGUCAGUCAUCAGGUACUCCCGAUCCGGUUCCAUUGUCAGCACUUGCACUGAAAUCGCUGUUCUUGACAAGGCCUUCCCUCAUGCAAUAUACUGAAACUCGAGAUGAGUUGCUUGAAACAGCUGGAGAGGUAUUUGCCAACAUUACAUCUGGCGUCUUGCGAGUUCGGGUAAACCACACAUAUCCUCUGGCUCAGGCAGCACAAGCACAUGCGGACCUUGAGAAUAGAAGAACAUCUGGGUCAGUCGUGUUGAUUCCAUGAGGCUAAAUGGUUAAUUACCAGUUACACUGAGCUCUCCUUUGAGACAAGAAAACUGCUCUGGGUUAGUUUGCAUAUCAGACAUGUCGGGCUGAGUGAGAUAAUGACUUUUUUUAAUAUACUUUAUCCUAUUAUAUAAUAAAAAAUGAUUGAAAUGGUUACAAAGUAA